GACAGACAGCGGGAGGAGCAGCUGAGGAGACACCGACUGUGGAGCUUCACAUAUUCCAGCGACUGUAACCGGUAAUAAUGAACCUGCUAAAUGAGACCGAGCUCCGCCUGCCGCUGGCUGAAUACGGCUUCGAGCGGCGCUUUGACGAGAGAGGAGCGAUUGAAUGGAUGCAAGCCAACUGGAGUAAGUCGUUCGUGUUCAGCGCUCUAUACGCCGCCCUGGUGUUUGGCGGUCAGCACUACAUGAAGCCUCGACCCAAACUGAACCUGCGGCGGCCGCUCGUCCUCUGGUCGCUCAGCCUCGCUCUCUUCAGUAUCAUCGGCGCCAUUCGAACCGGCUGCUACAUGUUUCACAUCCUGAGCAGCAGCGGCUUCAGACAGUCCAUCUGCGACCAGAGCUUCUACAACGGACCCGUCAGCAAGUUCUGGGCCUACGCCUUCGUCCUGAGCAAAGCCCCAGAGCUCGGCGACACGGCGUUCGUGGUGCUGAGGAAGCAGAAGCUGCUCUUCCUGCACUGGUACCACCACAUCACCGUGCUGCUGUACUCCUGGUACUCCUACAAAGACAUGGUGGCCGGCGGCGGCUGGUUCAUGACCAUGAACUACGGCGUGCACGCGCUCAUGUACAGCUACUACGCCGCACGCGCUGCCGGCCUGCGCGUGCCGCGGCCCUUCGCCGUGCUCAUCACCAGCGCUCAGAUCAGUCAGAUGGCGAUGGGGCUGACGGUGAGCGGGCUGGUGUACCAAUGGAUGCAGCACGGCGACUGCCCCUCGCGCAUCGACAACAUCACCUGGGCCGCGCUCAUGUACCUCAGCUACCUGCUGCUCUUCUCCAACUUCUUCUACCAGACGUACCUGCGCCGCCGCACCGACAGCAAGACCGCCAAGGUGGAGUGAACGCGGCCGAGGCUCCGCCAGGGGCAUUGUGGGAGGUUUCUCAUGAUGACUGAUGCUGGAGCUGCUGAACUUUAAUCUUUGAAAUGAAUCAGAAUGUUUUAUGAACUCUUGAUGAAGCCAUUUGUUCAAAGUCAAAAACAAACUGCUGGCGUCUCCUCGAACCUCCAACAAUGGAAGUCUGUCAAAGAAAAAUUAGUGUUUUUAUGGAAGAUAAAUGGGGCCAUGUUACAAAUUUGAGUUCAAAGUAUUUAAAAGGUCAAAUUCUGAGUUUAAAGUUUUUAUCUUCAGAACUCAGAUAAAUGUUUUUGGCCCUAAUCGUCCUCCGUAGGUGUAAAUGGAGCAGAUCUAACCACAAACUCUCUUCAGAUUAUUACUAAAUUAGUUUUGUGCCUUUUUUUUUAUUUCUUCUGAUGGAAGUGUUUUCAUUUUUCUCUUCAUCACAAAAUCUGAAACCAGCCGCUGAUUCUCGACCUUCACUCACUUAUUUAUUUUAUUUAUUUAUUUUGAAGCAUCCAUGUGUCCGUUGCCUCGACACGCCCGACGCAUUCCUGCAGGCCGCGCCUGUCCUGCUCAUACCGGUUUGAGCGGUCGGAGCGGUUUCACCUGAACACACCUUCAUUCACUGUCUGUGAGCAGCCAAUCAGGAGGUGGCAGCUCUACAGGUGUGUCUGUGAGUCACAGCGAGGCCAAUCUGACGUGUUAAUGUUUGGUAAUCGAUUAUAAUCAAUAUUCCUUCCUGAUGAGGUUUGACUCAGAAACAUGUGGCAGCCAAUAAUCGAUCGUUUCUCUUCAGUUGCUGCUGAACAUCUGAGAGCAGUUUAUACUUCAGUGUUUUCAGAUGUCCGUCUGAUCUAUUUAUUGAUUUAUUAGUAUUUAUUUGACGUAUGAUGGCGGCUGAUCGGCAGCCGGAGAAGUCUCCAAAUGCGUUGUUUCACUUCCACCAAAUGUUUGACUUUAACUCACUUUAUGAAUCACACGGUGAAUAUUUGUUUCUUACGUCGUCGUCUUUUCACCAGAGACUGUUUGAUUCUGCAGCUUUAUUAUUAUUAUUAUUAUUAUUAUUGUAUUUUAAGUGUGUGAUUGUGAAAAUGUGUCUGAAUUUUAAAGGAAACCUUCAGCAGGAGAAGCUGAUGGAUUAUUGAUGAUGAUGAUUUUCUGUAUGAACACACUGAACUCAUUUUAUGAUGCUGCUGUUGAUGAAUGAGAACACAAGAUCUUCAUGUUUAAAAUAUUUUUAAUUGUUUGAAAAGUCAUAAUAAAGAAUCUCUGAUACGUUUGUGCUUCAUUUU